GGGUCAGACGGUCACACUGCUGUAGACAAAACAACUUAAAUUUUAAUCAUUCGGUUUAAAGCGCUAGUAGCGGUCUUACCUGUUUUGCUUAUUUCCAAUCAGCACCUGUACCUGCAUCACCAAGAUGACCAAGACCCGUGUGUAUGUCGUCGGUGUGGGCAUGACAAAGUUCGAGAAGCCCGGCCGUCGUGCUGAUGUCUGCUAUCCGGACUUUGCCAAGGAGGCCAUCACCAAGGCUCUGCAGGACGCCAACAUUAAGUACGAAGAGGUACAGCAGGCUGUGACCGGUUACGUCUAUGGAGACUCCACCUGCGGUCAGCGGGCUGUCUACGAGGUGGGAAUGACCGGCAUUCCCGUCUACAAUGUGAACAACAACUGCUCGACAGGAUCCAGCGCCCUGUACCUGGCCAAGCAGAUCAUCGAGUCUGGAACCUCCGACUGUGUGCUGGCCCUGGGCUUCGAGAAGAUGGAGCGUGGCUCCCUAGGAGCAAAGUACUUUGACCGUGCCAAUCCCAUGGAGCGUCACAUCACCGAGAUGGGUGAACUUACCGAAAUUGGACCUGGACCCAUGGCUGCCCAGAUCUUUGGCAAUGCUGGCAAGGAGCACAUGAAGAAGUACGGCACCAAGCCCGAACACUUUGGCAAGAUCGCCUGGAAGAACCACAAGCACUCCGUCAAUAAUCCCUACUCGCAGUUCCGCGAUGAAUACACUCUGGAGCAGAUUAUGAAGUCGCCGCAGGUGGUCGAGGGAGUGCUGACCAAGCUGCAGUGCUGCCCCACCUCUGAUGGCUCUGGUGCUGCUAUCCUGGCCUCCGAGCAGUUCGUGCGUCGCCAUGGCCUGGAGAAGCAGGCUGUGGAGAUCGUGGGCAUGGAAAUGGCCAGUGAUCCAGCAUCCACAUUCGCGGGCAAGAGUCUGAUGAAGAUAGCUGGCUACGAUAUGACUGUCCUGGCCAGCCAACGUCUCUUUGCCAAGAGCGGCUACAAGCCCCAGGAUGUGCAGGUGGUGGAGCUGCACGAUUGCUUCUCCGCCAACGAGCUGGUGACCUACGAGGCCCUGGGCCUGUGCGGCGAGGGCAAGGCUGGCGAGUUCAUUGAUCGCGGAGACAACACAUACGGUGGCAAGUUCGUGGUAAAUCCCAGCGGGGGCCUCAUCUCGAAGGGUCAUCCUCUGGGAGCCACUGGCCUGGCCCAGUGCGCUGAGCUGUGCUGGCAGCUGCGUGGUCUGGCCGAGAAGCGCCAGGUGCCCAAUGUACAGCUUGCUCUGCAACACAAUCUCGGUCUGGGUGGCGCUGUGGUGGUGGCUCUGUACCGCCUGGGCUUCCCAGCGGCAAACAGUGUGGUGCACAAUCUGACGGCUGCUGCCAAGGCGGCCACCAGCGAGGAUGGCUUCAAGGUGGCGCCGCUUCUGAAGCUGCUCGAGCAGGCCAUGCAGGAGGACAAGGAUAAUCUGAUCGAAAAGGUGCGCGCUGUCUAUGGCUUCAAGGUGAACAAUGGACCCCAAGGCCAGACUGGCUUCUGGGUCAUCGAUGCCAAGCAGGGCAAGGGCAAGAUAUUUUUCAAUGGCACACAAAAAUGUGAUGUCACCUUUGUCAUCAGCGAUGAGGAUGUGUUCGAGCUGUUGACGGGCAAACUGCCGCCUCAGAAGGCCUUCUUCCAGGGCAAGAUCAAGAUCCAGGGCAACAUGGGCUUUGCCAUGAAACUGAUGGACCUGCAGCGCUCCGCCCAGGGCCGCAUUGAGGAACUGCGCUCCAAGUUGUAAGACAUCCCGUAAGACAUGGCGUCGAUGGAGCGAUUCUGUCUACAUUCCGUCAUUUUGCCUUUUGUCUUUGGCAAUAUCUUUUCGGCCUUAGAACGUGGAUUUUAUGGAUUUAUCGAAUCCGCUUUUUGUACGAUUUGUAUUAUUUUCUAGAAAUUAAAAUUGUUAUACCUUUAAAGCACCGAUUGGUUGUUUGGUUGUGCGGGGAACCAAGUUCAAAGAAUGAGGAUUUAUAGCCCGUACUCAAAGUGAUCUAAUUCAAAAUAAAAAAUAAUGCAUCUACAAA